AUGUGGAUAUUUUUAAUUGAGGAUACCAGUACAAAGUGGAUAGAGCUCUACGCUCUAAAAAAUGUUACUGCACAAAAUUGGGUGAAGAUCUUAAUAGAAGCAGUUUUCUUUCGCUAUGGAUUACCACGAAGAUUAAUUUCUGACAAUGGCACCCAGUUCGUUAGUGCUGUAAUGCAGCAAACCUGCAAUUUCCUUUGUAUCAAACAAGAAUUAAUUCCAGUUUAUCAUCCUCAGGCGAAUCCAUCAGAAAGAAAAAAUCGUGAUCUGAAACCCAAACUAGCUAUCCUAGUAGGUGAUGCUCCCGAUACCUGGGAAGAAAAGUUGACGAUGAUCCGAUUUGCCAUGAAUACGUCAAAGUGUGACACUACUGGUCACACUGCAGCAUAUUUGCAAUUCGGAUGUGAACUAAGAACAACAGAGGAUGUAAACCACGAUCUAAGAAGUCUCAUUGAGAACGACACCUUCGUAGUGGAGAUAACGCCUUACUUGAAGCAAUUUGCCUGCUUGACACCCCAAAUCAGAGAGCUGGUGGAGCAAAAGCAAGUAUAG